UUGCAAGCAAUUGCGCGAGGAAAUGCAUCGGUCACGUGGUUUUCCUUAAAAUGAUACGCGGUCCGACACAGGGGCUGCGUCCGAAAUCGCAUACUUCCAUACUAAACAGUAUGCAAAAGCAGUAUGCGAGAUGGGGUAGUGUGUCCGAAUGCGCAGUAUGCGAGUUUAGGUACGCGAAAAGUUCCCGGAUGACGUACUGCACCGGGACAGAUUUUGAAGUAUGCAAGCCCUGCACACUUCACCAGCUCAUAUUUCCCAGAGUUCCAAGGGGGGCGGCGGAAGCGAAGCAGAGGGUGAAGAUGGCGGACAGCGGCGACGCGGGUCUUUACAAGUGGAGUGAUGAGGACACCAGGGAGCUGAUCCGGUGGAGGGUGGCCAAUGAGGCCCUCUUCACCGGAAAAAGAAAUGCAGCAGUUCGAGGAUUUGAAGCCUUCGUGUUGGAGAAAAAUUUGAAAGGGAAGGUGACCCCUGUCUUCGUAAAGAAGAAAUGGGAGAACCUAAAACAAAAGUACAAGGAACUCAGGUGCCCCCCUACUGGGGUGAGUACUGAGGGUGGUGAAGCAACAGCAGCAUCCUGGAAAUGGUAUACCGCCAUGGAUGAGGCAAUAGGUGGGAGGCCAUCAAUUAGCCCACCCACCCUUAUUGCCUCAUCUGGCCAGGGUGCUGCUGAAGCUUCAACACCCUCUUGUAGGCCAGGAGACAGCCAGACCCCAGGCAGGAAAAGGCAGAGGGAGACCGACCUCAUAGUUUUUUUAAAGGAGAUGGAAGAGAGGGAAAAUGAGAGAGAGCGAGAGGCAGCAGAGAGAGAGGAGAGGCGAUGGCAAGAGGCUGAGGAGAGAGAGGAAAGAAGAGAGAGGGAAAGAAUUGAGCGUGAGGAAAGGCGAGAGCAAGAGACAAGAGAGAGAGAGGAAAGGAGAGAUCGAGAGGCCAGAGAGAGAGAGGAAAGGAGAGAGACAGAAGCGAGAAUAAGGGAAGAAAGGAGAGAUAGAGAGGAGAGAGAGAGGGAAGAAAGAUUCUUGCAAAUAUUGGGGAUUCUUGUUAAAAAAUAAACAUUUAAAAAUCAGUUUGCACGUCCAGUGGCAUUAUUGUGUCUUGAGAAACGGCAGUUUAUAUUUGCAUAUUAUAGAAGAAUGUUAGUAUUCUAACUGUAAAGAAGGACAUUUAAAGUUUACUCACCCCAGUCUAUAAUUGACAAUGUAGUAUUUAUUCCAAACAAGCAAGACAUUUUAAGGGACUAGGAAUUUACAACUCUAUUAAGUGAAUUUAAGUGUUUUAUCUUUAGAAAUAUCUUUCUUUUAACUCUUAGUUAAAUUAGAAGUAGCAAUUUAAGUCUAUGGUUACUGUAAGGCAGGGGUGCCCAAUCUUUUCCACAAUGGGCCGGUGUAACUGCAAGUGUGUUAUCCGUAACUGUGACACCAUUAUGAGCUAAACUUAGUUUCUUUAAAAAAAAUAAUAAUAAUAAUGACAAGUUCACCUAACUCAAGCAGUUUGAUUCAGUACCUUUUGGUUGUUUACUGCCCCAAAGAUGGCUCCAAUCUGCUGCUAAGAAUAAGGGAGGAAAGUUCUGAGGAAACAGGGCAGCAUUUAAAUGCUCUUGGUAGUGCAGGUAUGUAUGCAUAUGUAGGUCAGGUUUUAAUGUUUAAAUAAGUGCAAUAAUUUGAGAAAAGAUGUGCUCUUGUGUGUAGUUCAAAUAGUUAAGCUCUUAAAAAAACUACAUCAAAUUUAAAAUACCUAUAAGAUAAGUAAACAUGAAUGUUUUUUUAUUCAAGUUCAAACAUGUUGGUAAUUUAAAAUUCAAAGUUUACCCUUAAUUGAAAAAGUGUUGAUGUUGGUGUGGUGAUUAGCAAAAGAAACAGAAAAUGGGGAAAGUGUAUUUUUUUUUAUUUAACCACAAUCAAAAGUGGAAAAGAGUAGAACAAAUAAGAAACAAGAAAUUACUAGGAUCUAUUAGGAUCUGUUAAAUCUAAU